AUGACGGACAACAGAGAUGAAGAGGGCCGAUCUGAUGGCCCCAAGGGGUCAGUGGAAGGGCUUGGUGAGGAGCAGGCUGGGGGAGUGAUGAACCGAGUGGCCCACAGCAAGGCUGACACCAAGAAGAGAGAGGGCUCCGCUGGCGGGAUGCACAUCUCCAUCUUGAGCUCAGGGUUUGGAGGCCCCAGGCUUGGCUCCAUAGCAGGAGUGAACUUGAACAAUGGCGGACCCUGGGCCAGGUGUCAGGACCUGGAGGGCAAAGGGGAAGGGCCAGCUGCCACUGGAGGCCUGCUAGGAUUCACGAGAUACCCUGUGUCUGUCUGUCCACUCAGGUGCAAGUUCUUCAGUCUGACCGAGACCCCGGAGGACUACACGAUUAUCGUUGAUGAGGAGGGAUUCCUAGAGCUGCCCUCCUCGGAGCACCUGAGCGUGGCGGACGCCACCUGGCUGGCCCUGAAUGUGGUAUCCGGCGGCGGCAGCUUCUCCAGCUCCCAGCCCAUCGGGGUGACCAAGAUCGCCAAGUCGGUCAUUGCCCCGCUGGCCGACCAGAACAUCUCGGUGUUCAUGCUGUCCACGUACCAGACGGACUUCAUCCUGGUGCGCGAGCGGGACCUGCCGCUUGUCACCCACACCCUGUCGUCAGAGUUCACCAUCCUGCGGGUCGUCAACGGCGAGACGGUGGCAGCCGAGAACCUCGGCAUCACCAACGGCUUCGUGAAGCCCAAGUUGGUCCAGAGGCCGGUCAUCCACCCGCUGUCCAGCCCGAGCAACCGCUUCUGUGUCACCAGCCUGGACCCCGACACACUGCCCGCCGUUGCCACACUCCUCAUGGAUGUCAUGUUCUACUCCAACAGGCUGAAGGACCCCACGGCUGCUGGAGACGACGGUGGCCACAUCCGCUUCUUCUCCUUCUCCCUCAUCGAGGGCUACAUCUCCCUGGUGAUGGAUGUGCAGACCCAGCAGAGGUUUCCCAGUAACUUGCUGUUCACAAGCGCCUCUGGAGAGCUCUGGAAGAUGGUGCGGAUCGGAGGACAGCCCCUGGGAUUCGACUGUGUCAUUGAUGGGUAG